UCCGUGCCACGACGCAGAGCGCAGACGGUUUGUCCGCAGCACGGACGCCCUCCGGUCUCCCUGACUUGUCACCAUGAGCACCAUGGCCUCAGAGAGCGUGUUUUUCUCCACCUUACAGCCCAACACCUCGGUCACCACCUACGCCCUCCCGUCGGACGUCCAGCUCGGAAAUGGGGGCGCACUGUCGGACGAGGCGGCCAGAGCGCGGCGCGUCCAGCAGCAGAUCCAGAUGAGACUGGCCGAGAAGACCACACUUCCGCGUCAGAAUGGGUCCACCACCACCGCCUCCCACUACGCCAUGUCAGACUACGGCGGUUCAUCCACAAUGAAAUACAGCACCUACAGCCCAAAUUUCAGCUCCAAAUCGUCCUAUAUGUACACAGGCUCCAAAACAGUGGGUCCUCGCAUGUCUCAGAGGCAAGACUUCAGCUGCCGCUCUGCAGCCCCAGACCUGGUCCACUUUCAGAGGAUGAGUGUAGGGGGAGGUGGAGGGGGAGGCGGCGGCGGCGGAGGUUAUUACCAAGAAGAAGUACGUACGGGCGGCUACCAAGGGAGUGUGAGACAGCAGAACAGAAGGGACAAUGACUCCAUGUCCAUGCAUUCGAUGCGAAACGCGCCUCCGGUUUCGUCCUGGGGGUUUGAUAACAGCGAUGCAGGCAGCCUGGUCUCCGAUCGGGACGCCACCUUCGCUCGUCAGUACUCUCAGAGCGCAGUGAAUGGCUUCGGUGGACAAGUGAGGCAAGGAGGAGGCACCAUGAUGGCCCAGCAGAACAUGAUCCGAUCUCAGAGCGGCACUCUCACUCGCAGCAGCGGGAUGAUCGGAGGAGGUGGAGGAGGUGGAGGAACUGAAGUAUUCCAACAGCAGCAGUCGUUUAAAGGCCCGGCCUUCCGCACAAUCAGCAGGAUCACAAACCGGAACCGGUCCAGCGUUGGCUCCAUGUCAGGGAACCAGAUGACCUCAAGCGCCAGCAACAUGGGUGGCGGAGGAGACAGAAUGGACGGGGGGUUCGUGAUGUCGACAUUGAGCGGUUCUCAGGGGAACCUCAUGAUGCCUCGUCAAGGAACCAUGACCCGCAGCAUGUCAAUCAAAAGCAUGCAGAGUGUCGGCAGGGGCAUGGACAUCUUCGGUGGGCAGAUGGACAUGGGCAGCAUGGGCAACCUGAGCGGGAUCAAUAACAUGAAUAUGGCAGAAGCAGUGCAAUACCUGAGAGGGGACGACCCUAAUUUGCAGGUCCUGGGGGCCGCCUACAUUCAGCAUCAGUGCUACAAUGAAAGCACGGCCAAAGAGGAGGUGCGCUACCUUGAAGGCAUCGUUCCACUGGUGGACCUGUUCAAUAGCGACAACCAGGAAGUGCGGCGUUAUGCCACUGGUGCCACACGCAACCUCAUCUUUGAGAAUAAGGAAAACAAAAUGGCCCUGAUCGAAAAUAACGGUAUUGCAGAGCUGGUCAAGGCGCUCAACCAGUCGGAUGAGGAACUUCAGAAGAACAUCACAGGUAUCCUGUGGAAUCUUUCAUCCAAGGAGAACCUGAAAGGGGAGCUGGCCAAACACACAGUUCAUAAACUCACUGAGAAGAUCCUUGUACCCAUAGCAGCCAAAGAGCUGGACGAUUCGACGAGGUUCCUGGAGGGCUCUGACAGGAUCACGGAGUCUCCCUCGCAGGCAGAAAUAUUCUGCAACACCACAGGAUGCCUCAGGAAUGUGAGCUCCGCUGACGAGAAGACCCGUCAGCUGAUGCGGGAAGCCAAAGGCCUGGUGGAUUCUUUGGUGACCUACAUUAAGGCUUGCGUUGAUAAGAGCAGGGCAGAGGAGAAGGGGGUGGAGAACGCCAUGUGCAUCUUGAGGAACCUCUCGUACCAGCUCUACAGUGAACUGCCUCCAUCGAUUGCUCAACAAGUGAACGGAGAAGCAAAACAGAUCGAGAGGAGCGCGCCAGUUGGCUGCUUUUCACCUCGGAGCAAAAAGGCCAAGAAUAAAAAGGAGAAUUCUCUAUCCACCUUUACUGAUACAGAAAAAGAGCCAAAGGGAAUAGAACGUCUCAUUCACCCUUCCAUCAUGUCGGUGUACCACAACCUUCUGAAAGCAUGCGAGAUCAACGUUAUCACACGCGAGUCGGCCACUGGAGCUCUGCAGAACAUCACAGCUGGAGAAUCGAGGCGGGCUGCGUUACUCGCCAACUGGGCUUUGGAGUACGAGCACAUUCAGCCGACCCUGAUAGAGCUCAUGCGCACAGAGAGGGACAUGGAGCUGCGUUCUCUCACCGGCCUCCUGAGGAAUCUGUCCCGCCAUUCAGAAAACAAGGAUGCAAUAGCUACAAAGCUGGUGCCCAUGGUGGUAGAAAAAAUGCCAGAAGACGGAAAUCAGAAGGAGCCGUUCACUGAGGUGGUGAUCAACCUCUGCGGCGUUCUCAACAACUUAGUCAUCCACAGCCAGGUGGCUGCCAGGGACAUCUGCUUCUACAACGGCAUCCAAAAACUGAUUGGCAUCAAGAAAAAUCACGACUCCAGCGUUCAGAAGAUAAGAGCAGCUCAAUCGGCGAGCACAGUCCUCGUCAACAUGUACAAUUACAAGAAACUGCACAGAGAUUACACAAAGAAAGGGUUUCAGAAAAAGGAUUUUACAGACAGUUAAAAAAGA